GUAUUACCUGUGCAUUACGGUUAGCUAUUCGCGAGGCGUGAAAUUUCACCGACCAAAUCACUUUAUACCCUAAUUUUAAACUUGUUGUGAGACCUAUAACGUGAGUCAACGUAGCACAAUUGGGUUGUCAGCAAUACACAUGCUUCUGCUGUGACACUUAAAAUGAAAAUACGAAGCAUUAGGAACAUUGUUUUGAGUGUGGAGCAGUCGGAGGGCGUUGGGGCGCGAGUACGCAGGAGCAUCGGAAGACAAGAACUGAAGAAUUUAGACCCUUUUCUUAUGCUGGACGAGUUUCGUGUGGGCAAGCCUGCUGGUUUCCCUGACCACCCACACAGAGGAUUUGAAACUGUAACCUAUCUGUUACAAGGUGUAUCAGCUCAUGAGGACUUUUGUGGGCAUUGUGGAAAACUGGAGCCAGGGGAUCUUCAGUGGAUGACAGCAGGUCGUGGUGUGGUCCAUGCCGAGAUGCCAGUCUCUGAGGAACCUAUUCAUGGCCUGCAGCUCUGGGUGAACCUUAAGAGAGCAGAUAAGAUGGUGGAACCGCAAUACCAAGAGCUAAAGAGCCGAGACAUACCUAAACCCAGCAAAGAUGGAGUCACUGUGGCUGUCAUCUCAGGGGAAGCCUUCGGAGUAAAGUCAAAGAUCUAUACCAGAACACCUACCGUUUACCUAGAUUUCAAGCUCAAACAAGGUGCAAAGCACAUGCAGCCAGUACCACAAGGGUGGAAUGCGUUCAUUUACACUCUUUCAGGAUUUCUGCACGCUGGGCCAGAUGACAAUCAGAAAAAAAUAGAACCACACCACACAGUGGUUUUUGAAGAUGGCGAUUGUAUCAGAGUGGAGAACAAGGGUGGUGAAGAGGCCCACUUUGUGUUGAUUGCUGGAGAGCCCAUAAAAGAACCUGUGGUACAGCAUGGUCCAUUUGUCAUGAGCACACACGAGGAAAUCGACGAAGCAAUCAGAGACUACAGAACAGGAACCAAUGGAUUUGAGAGAGCAAAAGUCUGGCAAUCUAAAAUUGGUGGCUAUGUCUAAACUGUUUACUGUUUUUCAAAUGAAACUGGUGUUUUGUGAAUGUAUAUUAAGAAACUGAACUGUUUUUACAUUGAAUUCUUUUCUUCCUAUGUGUAUUAUUUCAUUUAAUUUAUCUUAGAUUUAGAUUUAAUAUAAGUAAUUAUAAGUCAUUAAAGAAUUAAAUGUAAUUUAUUCUCUUCACUCCUUAUCAGCAAGCAAAUGUCUCACUCUUCAUCAGUAAGCAG